AUGGCCUCGGCUCGUCGUCGUCCGGCCACCAAGCGCUCCCGUCGUCUUGGUCGGACCAUCGUUGCCGCCUUUAAGCGCCGUGGUCUCCAGCCUGAUGUUGGUGCCCUCUCCGUUCUCGAGGCUCUGCUCUGUGAUUGCACCCCCGAUGAGGUCAAGUCGACCCUCCAUGCUGUCAUCUCCGGCCUGGAGACAGAAGAUCUCCGAUCGUGCGUCCUCAACCGCGAAAUCAUCGAAAAGGUGGUCGAGGGCAUGCAGGCGUCGUCGGUGGUGACGACGGCAGCUGCCAUGGCACCGCUCAGGGUCGUCUCGGCGUACGAGUUUCCCCGGCUGGUGUACUCGGCGACACGCGAGACAAUGCAGGUCGAGCCGGCCAAUGCGAGCAAGGUGAUGACCACGCCGCAGGCCAAGGCAGACAUCUUCCGCAACCAGUACCGGUCCAUCCACUCGCGGGUCCUCCGCAACAAGCUCUUCAUGCCGCCGUUCCUCCACCGUGCGUCGUCGACCGCCGCGCCGAGCCAGCACUUUUCUCUCACGGCGAUCGACUCGCUCCGCGCCUCGGGCGAGCGCUGCUGCGUCCUCGGCUUGCUUGUCCGCCUCCCGUCAGGCGAGUACGGCCUGGAGGACCUCGUCGGGACCGUGACCAUUUCGCUGGCAUCGGCCCAGCUGACUUCGGGCAUGUUCACCGAGAACACCUUUGUCCUCGCCGAGGGCGUCAUGGUCGACUCGGUCUUUGACGUCGAGUACCUCGCCAUGCCGCCGCCGGAAAAGGCGCCGGCAUCGAUGCUUGCCCUCGGCUCGGCCGUCGACCCCUACGGCGGAGCGCUCUCGGCCACCGACGCCGCCCGCGUUGCCGCCGCCCAGGCCGACGACCCGAGCGACCUCAUCGUGCUCUCGGAUGUGUGGCUCGACAAGCCGGAGACCUACGCCCGCCUCCGUGUUCUCUUUGAGGGCUUUGCCGACCUUGAGCCGGCUGGCUUUGUCUUUAUCGGCAACUUUACCUCGGUUCCCUACGCCUCGCUCCGCACCGUGUCCGACAAGCCUGGCGCGCCGCAGCGGUCGCCGCUCGACGUCCUCCGUCACUACUUUGACGCCCUCGCCGAGCUCAUUGCUCAGUUCCCGGCGCUCGUCGCCUCGUCACAGUUUGUCUUUGUGCCGGGUGCCGACGAUCCGGGCCUCGGCCGUGUCCUCCCGCGCCCGCCGCUCCCACCGGUUGUUCGCGGCAAGCUCAGCGACCUGUCCUGUGUGACCUUUACCACCAACCCGUGCCGCCUCUGGCUCUACUCGCAAGUCAUCACCGUCUUUCGCGAGGAUCUGGUUAACAAGCUCCGCCGCCACUGCGUCCUCAAGCCGACGACCACAGAGACUAACCUCAUGCACGAGCACGUUGUCAAGACCCUCGUCGAUCAGGCCCAUCUCCUCCCGCUCCCGCUCCACGCCGCCCCGCGCUACUGGCCGCACGCCCACGCUCUCACCAACUACCCGCUGCCUGACGUCCUCGUCCUCGCAGACUCGUACGAGCAGUACAAGUCGGCGUACGAGGAGACCAUUGCCUUCAAUCCCUCGUCGUUUGGCACAGACUUUUCGUUUGUCGUCUACUCGCCGGCCUCAGCAGACGGCGACUCGAACGUCGAGUUCUCGCGCAUCACCUCGAUCGUUCCGCCGCCACCCGUCUAUCUCUCCGACGACGAGGCCGUUGUCGACGCCGACGCUGAAGAGUCUGCUGCCGCCGCCCGUCUCGCCUCCCACGAAGCUCACGUUCCACCCGCCACCGACGUCUUCUACGGCGGCAACGACGACGAUGACGCCUCGCUGACACAGGACCUCAUGCCGCUCCCACACAAGGUCACCGCGUCAUCGACCUCGCCCGACUUUGAGCUCUCCGCAGACGAUCUCCAGCGCGCCGUCCAGAUCACACGCACUUCCCAGGCACGCGAGAUGUCGCCCGCAGCCUUUGAAGCUUCGCUCCCGCCGCACGCCUCGCUUCGCCUCGCCUCGCAGGACGACUUUGCCGACAUCGACGACGACCCGACCCUGGCCCCCGAGCACCCGGCCCUCGUCCUCGCCUCGCCGCAAGUCGCCUCCUCACCCGAUCCGCUCAGCGCUUCGCCGCGCCGCAAGCCGCUCGCCCGCCGCGCCCUCGUCGCGCCUGCCACUUCUGUGGCUGGGCAUGCCGCCAGUCACGACGACAACGACGACGACCAGACCCUCGCCGGCAUGUCGCUCUCCGACUCGGACGAUGAUGACGAUGACGACGCUCCGACCCUGGCCCCGCCGUCAGACAUGGCCAUUGCUAACCGCUAGACUCGUUGCCGCUUCCAAUCGCGUACUCAGAGGGAUCAACUUCCGGCCCGUCGACAACAGACGCGAUGAUAAACGGGGACGUGACCACAAGCG